UCUGAGCUCUCAAGAGUGAGAGGAGCUAUCAGACAGAGAAACUCAGAAUGAAGAACCAAACUAAAUUUUCAAGUUUCCAUUUUUUCUCUGAAUCGAAAAGUCAAAUUGAGUCUCUCUGAUCUCUCUCAACCAGAAAAAAAAAAUGGUUAUUCACCGUAUAAUACCUUCCAGAAUAUCCCGCGUAAAAAACCCUCUCACUCGAUUCAAACCUCUCAAAACCUUGGCAACAUCUCCUGAAUUCGAGCCCUCGUCUUCUUCUUCAGCUUCGGAUUCAGAUUCAGAUUCUUUCUUGGUGGAGAAAAUCUGUUUCAGUUUGAAGCAGGGUAAUAGUAAUGUGAGAAACCACCUGAUUCGGUUGAACCCUUUAGCCGUCGUUGAGGUUUUGUACCGUUGCCGUAAUGAUUUAAGUUUAGGUCAAAGAUUCGUGGAUCAAUUAGGGUUCAAUUUUCCGAAUUUCAAACAUACGUCUUUGUCUUUAAGCGCGAUGAUUCAUAUUUUGGUGAGGAGUGGAAGAUUGUCUGAUGCACAGAGUUGUGUUCUUAGGAUGAUUAGGAGGAGUGGUGUUUCUAGAGUAGAGAUUGUGAAUUCCUUGGUUUCGACGUAUAGUAAUUGUGGUUCGAAUGAUUCGGUUUUCGAUUUGUUGAUUAGGACUUUUGUACAAGCUAGAAAACUUAGAGAAGCAUAUGAGGCUUUUACAUUGCUGAGAAGCAAAGGUUACACGGUUUCUAUCGAUGCGUGUAAUGCUCUCAUCGGGAGCUUGGUGAGGAUUGGGUGGGUAGAGUUGGCUUGGCGUAUUUAUCAGGAGAUUUCUCGGAGUGGCGUUGGUGUUAAUGUUUAUACUCUCAAUAUCAUGGUUAAUGCUUUGUGCAAAGAUGGUAAAAUGGAAAAAGUCGGAACCUUUUUGUCAGAAGUGCAAGAGAAAGGGGUUUAUCCGGAUAUUGUAACAUAUAAUACAUUGAUUAGUGCAUACUCUAGUCAAGGUCUCAUGGAAGAGGCAUUUGAGUUGAUGCAUGCUAUGCCGAGCAAAGGGUUUAGUCCUGGUGUUUAUACUUAUAAUACUGUGAUAAAUGGACUGUGUAAGCAUGGGAAAUAUGAGAGAGCCAAGGAAGUUUUCGCGGAGAUGUUGAGAUCCGGGUUGAGUCCUGACUCCACUACCUACAGGUCAUUGCUGAUGGAGGCUUGUAAGAAGGGAGAUGCGGUCGAAACGGAAAAUAUUUUCAGUGAUAUGAGAUCUAGGGAUGUUGUUCCGGAUUUGGUUUGCUUUAGCUCGAUGAUGAGUCUUUUUACUCGGAGUGGAAAUCUCGAUAAGGCAUUAAUGUACUUUAACAGUGUGAAGGAGGCUGGUCUGAUUCCUGACAAUGUGAUCUACACCAUUCUUAUCCAAGGGUACUGUAGAAAAGGUAUGAUCUCUGAAGCUAUGAAUUUGAGAAAUGAAAUGCUUCAGCAGGGUUGUGCUAUGGAUGUUGUUACCUACAACACCAUUUUGCACGGGUUAUGCAAACGGAAAAUGUUGGGUGAAGCGGAUAAAUUGUUCAACGAAAUGACCGAAAGGGGUUUAUUUCCCGAUUCUUAUACUUUAACUAUACUGAUUGAUGGACAUUGUAAGCUCGGAAAUCUGCAGAACGCAAUGGAGCUCUUUAAAAAGAUGAAGGAAAAGAGAAUCAAACUCGAUGUUGUGACAUACAACACUCUGUUAGAUGGGUUUGGUAAAGUAGGCGAUAUCGAUACAGCAAAAGAGAUAUGGGCAGAUAUGGUAUCAAAAGAGAUACUUCCCACUCCAAUAUCGUUCAGCAUUUUGGUUAACGCGUUGUGCAGUAAAGGCCAUCUUUCUGAAGCAUUUCGAGUUUGGGAUGAAAUGAUCAGUAAAAGUAUAAAGCCAACGGUCAUGAUUUGUAACUCUAUGAUAAAGGGAUAUUGCCGCUCUGGUAAUGCCUCAGAUGGAGAAAUCUUUUUGGAAAAGAUGAUCUCAGAAGGUUUUGUACCGGAUUGCAUCAGUUACAACACAUUGAUAUACGGUUUUGUUAAAGAAGAAAAUAUGAGCAAAGCUUUUGGUUUGGUGAAGAAGAUGGAGGAGAAGCAAGGAGGAUUAGUACCUGAUGUCUUUACGUACAAUUCGAUCUUACAUGGGUUUUGUAGAGAAAAUCAGAUGAAAGAAGCUGAGGCUGUGCUAAGGAAGAUGAUCGAGAGAGGUGUCAAUCCUGAUAGGUCAACGUAUACUUCUCUGAUCAAUGGAUUUGUUUCUCAAGAUAACUUAACGGAGGCAUUUCGGUUUCACGAUGAGAUGCUGCAGAGAGGAUUCUCUCCUGAUGAUAAAUUCUGAAUCAGUUGCUUCGAAAUCUUGCUGAAUUCUGUGGCUUUACUCUACUUGAGUAGCUCCAAGCUGAUCCUAGAUAGAGUUGAUAUUGAUGUUUUUUGGUCAAAGGACCAAAGAUGUGUGUCACUGCAGAAGCUCAAGGAACUUGACUUUCUUGAAUAGCAAAAUGGUCCCCGUACUUUAUAACAUUCAUAUUAGACCUCAGUUUCUUGUAAUAUACCAUUUAGUCAGUCCAAAAUUUAUAGUUUUAUACGCAUACUUUUCUUUUCUUUUUUGAAAUUACCAAAUAUUGUUUUAUUUAGUCAAAUUAUGUAUCAAUAACACAUAAGUAAAAUAUAUGAAAGUUGAAACAGAGGUA